AUGCUCGGCACAAGAUUCCUGAGACCGUCCGCCGCGAUUUUUGGUAUUGGAACCACUGUGAGUUCAAUCAGUUCACUAUCAUCGAAACGCCCCGCGGGGAAAAUGUCAUCAAACAUCGAAAACAUGUUAUCUCUUUUAUAAACUGUUCACUGGUGCAGUUGUCUGCCUUUUUGCUGUUUUUCACUCAUCCCGUGCGCCUCUUACAGGCAGGUUUUAGCCUUUCCCGCUAUUGCCGUCUUAUUUUCGUUCCAUGGACGUGGCCUAGAGUAACAAGCGUGUACUCCUCGUGGACUUUGCCUUAUAACCCCUUCCCUCCUUUACAUGUUCCAAUUGAUUGGUUUUACGUUUUUGAGGAUCAUUUUUUCAAUCAAAUCGCAAAAAUGAUCUUUCAAAAAUGGCUUUGCAUUGCAUUUUUGUUCUUGCAGUCAGCGAUGUCGUCCCGUGCUCCGCCAAAGGCUCUCCUGCAGGAGAUGGUCGUUCCGCCACGUCAACUUUUCGGACCGGGACCCUCCAACAUGGCCGACUCGAUUGCCGAGACCCAGUCGAAAUCGCUCCUCGGACAUCUUCAUCCCGAGUUUGUCCAGAUCAUGGGAGACGUCCGUCUGGGCCUUCAGUACAUCUUCAAAACCGACAACAAGUUCACCUUUGCCGUCAGCGGCACUGGUAUGUCCUUUCCAGAAGUCUCCGACCAACAGAACUCAUUCGUCAGGUCACUCCGGAAUGGAAUGUGCGAUGGUGAAUCUGCUCGAGCCGGGGGACCGCUUCCUCGUCGUUGAAAUCGGACUGUGGGGCCAGCGAGCGGCUGACCUGGCCAACAGAAUGGGAAUUGAAGUGAAGAAGAUCACGGCGGCUCACGGACAAGCGGUUCCAGUCGAAGACAUCCGCAAGGCUAUCGCCGAGUACAAGCCGAAUCUCGUGUUUGUCUGCCAGGGAGACAGUUCCACCGGAGUCGCCCAGCCAUUGGAGACAAUCGGAGACGCCUGCAGGGAGCACGGAUCUCUUCUUCUCGUCGAUACGGUACGCGUUUCAAUCCUUGUAGCCAGGAAUUCAUCGAUCUCAGGUCGCAUCCCUCGGGGGCACUCCGUUCGCCGCCGACGAUUUGAAAGUGGACUGUGUCUAUUCGGCCACGCAGAAGGUUCUGAAUGCGCCGCCAGGUCUCGCGCCUAUCUCGUUCUCCGAUCGAGCCAUGUAACGAUCAAAACACAUUAAAAUCGUAUUCUCUGCUUUUUAGCGUAAAGAUCCGGAAUAGAAAACAACGCGUUGCCUCUUUCUACUUCGACGCUCUCGAACUAGGCAACUACUGGGGAUGUGACGGAGAGCUGAAAAGGUUUGAUAACGGAUUACAAAGUGAAUACCUCCUGCAAUGUUUUUUUUUCAGAUACCAUCACACUGCUCCGAUCUCGACCGUCUACGCUCUGAGAGCUGCCCUUACCGCUAUCGCAAAGGAAGGAAUUGACGAGUCGAUCCAAAGACACAAAGAUAAUGCUCAAGUUCUGUACGCAGCUCUGAAGAAGCACGGAUUGGAGCCGUUCGUAGAGAAUGAGAAGCUGAGACUUCCGUGUCUGACUACGAUCAAAGUGCCGGAAGGAGUGGACUGGAAGGAAGUGGCCGGAAAGAUGUUGACGCACGGAGUGGAGGUGAGAGAAAGAUCGGCACGGAGGAGAGAUAGAACUCCGUGGUUAUUUCAGAUUGCCGGAGGGCUCGGAGCGACUGUCGGAAAGAUUUGGCGUGUGGGAACUUUUGGAAUCAACUCGGAUAAGACGAAGAUCGAGAAGGUCGUCGAGUUGCUGGCCGCUUCGAUUGGCGCAUCAAGGUCGAAACUUUGAGCUUCUGAAUUUCCCUAAACUUGCCCUUUUCAGAAAAUAG